AUGAACAAAGUUCCGAUGGACGAGGAUGCGUCAGAGGACAAUCCCACUCUUCUCCUCCUUCUGGAUGUCAUUCCGUCGUUUGUCAUCGUGCUGAGUGCUGCUGUUGCUGGCCUGAGCGCAGACAUCGAGUCGGAGCACCCCGUAUGGAAGGUCUUGGAAAUCUGCUUCACUGUGUUUUUCAUUGGCGAGAUCAUGGUGAAGCUGAAGGUGUUUGGCUUUAGGGAAUUUCUGCGUGGCGCUGAUUGGUACUGGAGCUGGUUCGACAUAAUUUGUGUCAUAUUGGCUGUUGUUGAUAUCAGCCUCACGUACUCCAGCAGCUCCAGCACGGCUCCCCCUUCAGAUAACGACGCAGGUGAAUCAGCUUCUGGCACUGGCUUUGACUUUGGAUUGCUGAAGAUGCUGAAGCUGGCCCGCUUGGGCCGGAUUGUUCGGUUGCUGAAGUUCAAGAUCUUCCAGGAGCUGAAGUUGAUGAUUCAGGGAGUGUUCACCGGCCUGCGUGUGCUGUUCUGGGCUGUCGUUCUACUCUUUUUCAGCAUCUACUUGCUGGGCGUCAUAUCUCGGACUCUUUUUUCCAACUUGCCUGAGUUCGAAACUGUUCCAGCCGCAAUGUUUACAACCUUUCGGUGCUUUACCGACGGAUGUGCGGCCUACGAUGGAACACCACUGCAAGAGAGGCUAAGACAUCGGCACGGUGGGAUCUUCAUGUUCGCAUACAUGCUGCUCUUUCUUUUCGUGACAAUUGGCAUUUUCAAUUUGAUCAUGGCUGUUUUCAUUGAUAAUGUGACGGAUGGCAGCACAAAGAAGAGGCAGCGUCAGUUGGGUGAGAACGCCCCGAGAACGGAAUGGGUCAUUGCCUCUGCCCUGAGGGAGAUCAUCCUCACCAACAUAGUCCGCCAGCAGGUUGAGGAUCAGGUGGCCGAAGAAGAGCGCAAUGGAGUGCCUGGUGGUCAGCGCCGGGUGUCGAAAUUGCUGCGUGAAAGGCUGCAGGCUCUUCAGGAGAUGUACGGUUACAAGCCGCAUACGACACAGGAGUAUGAGGAGUUUACACAACACAUCCGCGAGGAGAUGGCGCAACGAGAUGUUGUUGUUACAAAGGAGCAGUUCAACCACUGGCUAACAACCGAAAAGGAGUUGAUUGGAAGGCUCGAGGACUCCGAGAUUGAUUUAUCUUGCAAGUUCGACUUGUUUGACGUCCUUGAUGCCGACCUGAGUGGUGAGCUGGAGUUCGAGGAGAUGAUUGAUGGCCUGCUGAAGUGCCGCGGUCCGGCCUCAAAGACAGACAUCAUUGCCAUCAGGUUGAAAACUUCGCUGGGUGUAAAGAUGCUCACCAAGAUCUGUGAAAAACUCGGAGUUAAUGAUGAUUAA